AUGAGCGAUGGUCGUCCUGUGAGCGGUCCAUUAAAGAAAUUCGUAUUUCGUGGAAAAUCAGCAAAUAACGGUGAUAUUAGAGGUGAAUACCUGGAGAUUGUAAUCCCAGAAUUGUUGUCGGCAGGCUACUCAUUUUACACGUGGCCAUCUGCACCUUUAUUGGCUUGGUACUUGUGGACCCAGAGACGGCAUCUACGCGGUUUACGAGUUUUAGAACUUGGUUGUGGUACUGGUCUACCUGGUAUUUUAGCUGCUAAGUGUGGAGCUUAUGUAACUUUGACUGACAGUGUCGCGUUGCCACGAUCUCUUCAACACUUAGCGGCGUGUUGUGAGGCCAAUGGUUUGGUCCCUGGACAAGACAUCCACCUACUAGGACUCGCUUGGGGUCUUUUUUUAGCUGAUGUUCAUAGUUUACGACCUGUAGAUUUACUAUUAGCAUCAGAUUGCUUUUACGAACCGUCACAGUUUGAAGAGGUUAUUUCUACAGUUGCAUAUCUUCUAGACGGAACUGACGGAAGAUUUUUGUGUGCUUACCAGGAGCGGAGUGCAGACUGGUCCAUUGAAGCUCUACUUAAGAAGUGGGGAUUGAAAGGUUAUGGCCAGCACAGCAAGAGCAGCUCGCCUUUAUGUAGGCAACCUUUCUUGGACAGUUGGUCAUCGCCAACUUAG